CGGCGACACAGCGACACGCACCAGCAUACACGCGGAACUGCUCUAAGCAGGGAGAAGGGGAACGCAUGGCGGCGCGAUACUCUGGAAGAUCGCUGGGCACCACCCGUGCCAACGCGGCAGUUGCAAUGUUUCGCCAGGGGCUUGGGCGAGCUGUGUGGGGUGCAGCGGCCGGGAUAAUGAUUCUCGUGUGCUGCGCGAGGCCUGCGCUUGGCAAGGAGGUCAAGGGGUUGUCCUUCUACCCUCCGUUCCAGAGCUUCAACGCUAGAGGGGACCGGACAGUUAGCGCGUUCAACCCCCUCGGCGCCCCUGCGGCGAAACAAAACUUCCUCAGGUUGACCCCCGACGCCAAGGAACACUUCCGAUCCCUGUAUAGCCCCCUCAGCGGCCGCUUCAGUGAAGGGCCGGUCGGAGGGGAGUUUUCUCUUACUAUGUCGUUUCGGGUAAGCGGGGAUGAGGAAAAGACCCACGGCAAGUAUCUCGCCGUAAUUCUCGGCAACCCGGAUAUGAUUCGGAGAACAGGCGACACAUACGGUGUCCCCGAAGACUUCAUCGGCGUCGGCGUUGUGAUUUCGCCCCGCCCCCCCUCGGAUUUGUCGGACAUUUCGGGUGCCCCCAUCCGUGCUCCGGGUCCACGACAGUUCGUGUCCUUCAUCGCCAACAACGGGACGAGGACAACGGAGGACGUGCGCAUGGCUGCCAACAGCUGCGCCUCGACUCUCCGCUACUACCAGGGCAGGGACGACUUCAACUUCCUCAAGAUGUCCCGCAUUCGCCUGGGCUAUUACGAUGGGGAGAUCAGCCUCGAGGUGGACGCGCGCAACGUGGGAGUGUGGAGGAAGUGCAUCACGACGAAGGUGACCGAUAUGCCGGAGGGGUGGCUGGACAGGGCGGGGGUGAUCGUGGUGGGGGAGACGUCCAGGGAAGUGUCCAACAACCACGACGUCAUGAGCCUCGAGGUGUACACCGAGAAGAGCGAUGCCUUCGACGCGAAGAAGGUGGAUGGGGACGUGGAGGAGGACAACCCGGAAGCGGAUUUGGCCGAGCGCAAGAAGAAACGCAUGUACGCCUUCAAGGCACACCUCGAGCACGAGUUCGAUGCGGUGGAGCGGGUCCUCAAGGACUCCGUAGACAAGCUGGCCGAUGUCAACGAUAACAUGCAGAGCCGUAUCACGAAGUUGGAAAAGGACAUCAGCACCGAGGUGUUCUCUCAGUUGAACAGGCGCGUGAAGGACAUCGAGUCCAGGGUCACGAAAAACGCAACGCCUACGUUGGAAAACCGCCUCUCGGUGGCGAAGGAAUUGUGGUCUGGCGAGACCGGGGACUCGAUGGAAUCCUUGCUCAAGAAGAACACGGGAUACCGGCUACCCUUCUUCGUGGUGCUUGCCGUCGUACUGGCCCUGUUUGCGGUCUCGGUGAAGCAAUACCGGAGGCUCAUGAGAUCCAACUUCCUGGGAGGCAUGCGAUAGCGCGAGAGGGUAGGCGGGCGGGGGGGGACAGACAGACCGCCAGGAACGCUUUUUGUGCCGAGUGGUAAACGGAGCCCCAACGCCGCUGCUCGCGGAAAGAAACGCGGGGCACCAGGCGGGGAAUUCUUCAGUCGUCGCGAGUACCUUCUCCAUUUCGCCGCCUCGGCCUUAGCUUAGCUCAACUUCUAUCGUCGACUGAAAGUGUAACCGUCAACCGCAGCCGAACACGAACUAUAUCUGUUUGGUCGUGUCACGGGUGUGCGCGGGUAGAGUUAUGGCCAACUUUAGACCGAGAGGUCACUGUGAGAACACGGAGGGGUUUUCGAUACCGUUCGUUGUGUCGAGGGGGGGGGGGGCGUGGGUGAUUCAUUGUGCCCCCCAAGAAACUCUUGUCUGCGUGGUCGUCAAACGGUGGUGCUAUGGAGUCUUCCUUGUUGUGUUCUUGCCUCUAAUACCUUGCAUUGGUUCUCAGGGUUGUGUGUGCGAGACAGCGUAUUUGGGUUUCGUGCUAUCUGCCCGUCUAUGGGUGUGGUGAAAAGAAGAGCCAUGCGGCUUUGCUGCUGUGCUUGGAGGUUUGGGCGUGGUACUUGAGGAGACCCUCGAUGUUUUGGUAGGGUGCAAACGCCGUGUACGACAUAGUUUGUCCGUUUCUUGGUUUGUGUAUCUGUAUGAGAGUUUGUUGACUGUACCGUUCCAGAAUGUCCAGCUUGCGAGUGUACUCCUGUUCUCCCUGCUGUUGUUUGAGACACACGAAUAAAGAGUGGCGCUGUGAACGGCGGUGAUGUGUGGGAUGUUUUGAGAAUAGUGCCUCUUCGCAUUUUGAUGUGAGAGGAAUAUUGGCACCGUGACGGGGGUGUGUGUGACUACAUUAUGCCUCCCGCUUCAAAUUUCUUUUGUGUAGAAGGCAAGGCAUGCCACGAGGCAGGGUAGAAGACUUGCCGACACUGAUUUUCCAUUUUUUUUUUCUGUGAGUUUCACCAAAUAGUACAUAGGACGUUUUUUUCGUGUGAAGCUCUCGGAGCUCCCUUUCCCUUUGCGACGAUCCACCCGGAUGUCUGCAAGGGCUAAGUUCGCAUACACUCGCCCCGCGGGUGCGCGACUUGGUUUUUAGAUAUCACGGCCCAGUGUUCAAGCAAGUAAAGGAGGGUCACGCACCUGACAUC